AUGAGAGAGAUCAUCGUCGAGCUGGACGAGGCCCAUGAAAUGGAGGCCGGCGAGAGACUGAACGUGAAAUCCACAGCUACCCCAACAGUCGAGCUUAGAGGUCACAAUCUUGGACCUGAUCCUGAAGAGUUGCCGCAAGCAGAAAGUACACGACCAAAAAUGCGACGAUCCGAGACAUUCGCAGAGCAGAAAAGAAGAAAACAUGAUGAGAGGUGGACGUUGCGGCAUGCAUUCUAUGCCAACAUGGGCGGCUUCCGGCUCAGGGACAGUACGGGUCAGGUGUACAUUAUCACCGCCAAACAUAUCAACCACCUGGUCCGGAAGAGAUACAUCGACCUGCCGAAGAUAACACCCUUGGAAAUCAACGAUCGCAGCAAGUCCGACAGUCUGGCCAAAUUCUUAGCCAUCAUGCAAGUGAUUGCCCGAACCAUCCAAAACUUGGAGACCACUACCCUGGAGAUCACCACCUUAUCAUUUGUGGUUUGUACUUUGGGUACUCUCAUCGCCUGGUACCGGAAACCCUACGAUGUGCAGACUUUUAUUGUGCUCGAAAUGGCGGGCCAUGCUAUUGAAGAUAUCGAGUUGAAAUUCGUGGAGAGGAGUGGCAAGCAGCGAGAUUUGCUGGAGGAAUACGUCGCAGGACAUCAGACGAGCAACGUGGUUGACAAUGACGGUAAACUUCUGGCGCCGUACAACAAGCUGACGAUCAUCGAUGAUGGCCUCCCGACAUUUACUUCCUCGUUUACCGACAUAUACGGCCAUUUCUGGGGGCGGAAACCGUAUGACGCGAACCGAGUCCGCAAUGACCGCCUGCCGGUGAUGGAGAAGCCAGUCACAAUUGUCUGCGCCAUCGCCACGCUUGCUUAUGCUGGUCUCCAUAUUGCGGCAUGGAAUAUACCUCUGGCGACCAACACUGAGCAAUUGCUCUGGCGGAUCGCGUCCAUUGUGUUGAUAGGCUGCGUGAUCGUCUGGUUCUUCAUGGACCACUUUGAAGAGUACUUGGCCCACAGAAGGGCCAAGAAGGGGAAGGUAACGGAUGGAGUGAUUGUACCCUGGUGGAGGAUCCCGGCAUCGAUCGCGGUUGCUGUUGUGUAUGGCUUGGCUAGGCUCUAUGUGCUUGUUGAGUCAUUUGCGGCGUUGAGGUGGGUGCCAAUAUCGGCGUAUGAACAGGUAGACUGGGGCAAAUGGGUGCCGCAUAUAUGA